CAGAUUUAGCAACGUGUGUGACACAUUUCGUGGCGUAAUGGAAAAAUAAACUCAAUUUUUUUAAAAGAACUGAUUUUCCUUUGAAAGGAAAAGUGACCCUAGUUAGAGACUGAAAUGGUGUCGGACAAGGACUGCUUGUGUUGUGGGUUACCGUUUUUUGAGUAAGGUGACGCGAAAACUGGUAUGAAAAUGGUGUCUUCUCCAGUGGACGAGAAAGUGGGAACUUAUUUUUUAUGAAAAACAACUGAUUUUCUGAAAAGUGAAAGUGACCCUUUUUUGAGUCUGAAAUUGUGUUCUCAAUUAGUGCGUUACCGUUUUUUCGUAUACCUACUUACGAAUAAGUUGAGUGUAAAACUGGCAUGAAAACGGCGUCCUCUUCUUCUUCCCUGGACAAGAAAAUGGGACAAGUCGUACUUAUCAAGAAACGUGGAUAAUAAAUUUGUACAAUAAAAGAGUGACCGUUUUUAGGACUGAAAUGGUGUCCUUAAAGCGUGCGUUACAGUUUUUUGCGCAUUAGUUUAGUCUAAAACUGGUAUGAAAAUGGUGUCCUCUUCUUCUUCCCUGGACAAUAAAAUGGGACAAAUCGUGGCUACCACGGGGGCUACCACGUGGCCAAGAAAUCUGUACAAAGGGGUGUGCGACAGGUAGUGGAAAGCAAGUAGGUACAUAUAAUUACACACUCCGUAAAUGACACACAUGCCAACAAGUCUCUCCCGGAGAGAAAGUCUCAUCUUGUCCCCGAGUUCCAUAAUUUCCCCUGCUGUGCAGAUACACAAGUAAACGUCGCAGUCGAGUUCUCCAUGUAAAUACGCAAUGUUUCCCUGCCAAAUCAGUGACAAGUUUCUCCAGGUGGGCGCAGACAAAGUCUCAUCUUGUCCCCGAUUUUGAGUAAAUGUCAGUUCCCCACGUACAUAAUUUCCCUGCCCGAAUCAGUCGGUGAGCGAUCGAGUCGUUGCUUGAUAUAAGUACGAGGAGAAAGUGGGGAAAGUCUUCAGUCGCUUGGAAGACGUGGUCAAUUUCGCAGCAAAUUUCUCAUCUUGCCUCAUCCUCAUCCUCUCAGUCUCAUCUCAGUCUCAUCUCGUCUCAUCUGACCCCCGACCAUGGAAGUACAACAAGUAGCCACCCCUCCGCCCUCCGGCCUCCUCCUCUUAAACGAUCCGGGCGACCCCCCAGUUGACCUUGACCUUGACCCCGACGACGCCAACGCCACCAACUCCACAACGCCACCGUUCGUCGACGCGAUGCCGUCCUCCUUCAGCACGAUGUCGGAUCUCUCCUUCUACUGCGUGAUUGCGUACUCGAUCAUCUUCGUGAUCUCGGCGACGGGCAAUAUUUCCGUUUUUUGCAGCGUUUACAAACAGCUUCGUCACGCCAAGAAUCGGAUUUCCUUGCUUAUCCUGCACCUCUGCAUUGCCGACCUGGUCGUCACCUUUACCGCGAUGCCGCUCGAGGUCAUUUGGCGUGUCACGAUUCAGUGGUACGGAGGCGACGUGAUGUGCAAGGCGUGCCAGUUUUUGCGAGCUUUUGGUCUCUACGCGAGCUCCAUGGUGGUCAUUUGUAUCUCGUUGGAUCGGUAUUUUGCGAUUAUUUAUCCACUCAAGUUGGCCAGGGCGGCGGAGAGGGCGAAGAUCACGUUGGCGAUUGCGUGGGGGUGCGCGUUGAUUUGUGCGGCGCCGCAGAGCAUCAUCUUCCACGUUGAACAACAUCCCCGCUACCCGUUCAAACAAUGCGUCACCGAAGCAUUUCUCCGCUCCGAUGUGGAACAGGAACUCGUCUACAACGUGUUCUCCGUCUCCGUCCUCUACUUCGUCCCCUUGCUCAUCAUCAUCUUCACCUAUGCGCGAAUCCUGCUAAAAAUUUCGCACAAACUGCUCGGCCGUCAACAACCCCCAGUCCACAAGGUCUCCUUCUCCAAGAGUAAGAAAAAACCCUCCGUCACGAUUAUCCCCCAGAACAAUGGCGUCUCCCCAACGGAACGGACCGGUGACGAGGAUGAUGACGAUGACGACGACGACGACGACACCACCACCCUCGCCGCCGGGUCGUCGAAUAAUAAUUCCGCCAAAAAUGGAACAGGAUCAAGAAGUAGUCUGCGACCUACUCCGAACGGAGAAGCGGCGGGAUCCUCCUCGACAGCAGCAUCACCCCCGCAACUGGAGGAAGUGACCCUGGGACAGAAAAUGUUUCUGAGAACGAGCAUUAGCGGUGGCGUUCUGAUGGCCCGAGCGAGAAUUAGGACGCUCCGAUUGACAGCAGUUAUCGUUCUCACGUUCGUCUUUUGUUGGACGCCAUACGUCGUGAUGACGCUCUGGUAUAUGAUCGACCGGGAGGGAGCCAAGUUGGUGGACAAGCGUCUUCAAGAAGGUCUCUUUCUCAUGGCAGUGUCAAACUCGGUGGUCAACCCAUUAAUUUAUGGGACUUAUGGCAGCAGCGAUUGUCGACGAGGGUCGGGAGGUGGACAUGCCAGCCGGUAUGAAAACUACGUGACGAGAAAGCGGGAUCCAUCCCCGUCCACGUCGCAACAGAGAAGGAGCAUUCUUGGCGGAAGAGGAGUUCCCGGUGGGGCGACGACAAUGUCGAGCGUCAUCUUGACGAAUAAUCUGUACCCGGGACGUGGUGGGGGUGGUGCAGAGAGUAGAAAAACGUCCGUCAUCUAAAUAAGAGAGCACAAGUUUUUUUACAGUAAAGUUAUACAUAUUUUAACCAUUUAUUGUCUCAUUUAUGUGUAUAAGCUAAGUACAAAUAGUGUUUCGUUUCUUGCCACAUUUCUUGCCGAAACAAAAAUAAUGCAAGAAACUGUGAGAAAGUGGGAGAAAUGUGCGCCAUCUAGCCACGCGCUGUAUGAACUAUUUAAAGCGGCGGGGCAUAGUCUCUUGCGCCUUGCUUUCUUGCGGGUCAAAAUACCUGCAAGAAAUGGUUAUCUUGCGGCUAUUUCUUGCAUUGAAAAUGACAUGGCUGGAAUGCAUUGCAAGGCAGGAAAUGCGAGGUGCAAGAAACUGGGAGAAAGUGGAAGAAAUAAGCGCCAUCUAGCCAUGCGCGGUAUGAAAAAUUUACAGCGGCGGGGCGCGCCGUGCGUUUCUUAUAGGUCCAGCUGCAAGAAACCACUUUGUCCCCCUUAUUUCUUACACGUGGUUUCUUGCACGUGGUUACUCGCACGUGAAAAACUGACUCCAUAUUUGCAUAAUAGGUAAAUAUUAAACAGUAACAUAUGAUAUGUAAUUGUCUUCAAAUUCUGGUCAAGGUGUUGUAUAUUUUGUGUAUUUAAACGUAAUAUUAAUCCGAACCUGAAUGUAUUUAAUGUUACUGGUACUGCCCGAAUUAAUUAAUUCUAUGUAUGUUUACGAAAAUGUCAAAAAAGCUGUGGUUAAAAAAAUAUGUAAAUAUGUAUACAAAUUGUUCUACAUUAAAUAUUUACACCGUCUGUAAUCUGUAAUUUACUUACCUGAACUGUCGUACCGUGAGAAUGAAUGGGUCAAUAUUUAUGUAAAUAUGUAUGUACGUAAGUAUUUAAGUAUUUAGCGCAUAGUUUUGUCAUCACGUAAAUAUUGUGUAACUUUUAAUUACGAAAUUGUCUCGUGUUACCUCAUGUUCUAAUUGUUUUUAUAAUAAAAUCCGUAAAAAACUUGUGUCAUA